GGCGUGGUCUACUGGUUCCCUCCAAGCAUUUGGUCGUGGGGUGCGCUGAGUCACGUGACUAUCGGUAUAUAUGCGUUUUGCGAGGGUUGAAAUCCCCCACACUUCGUUACAAACUUGUGAACGUCUGACCGAGUGGACAGAACAGAUCUCCCGCGCACCCAAACCGUUCUUCUGGGGCAACCUGCAAUACUUGUUGAAAAUGGUUCUGCUAGCUGAGGGCGCCGGUACAGCCAUGGAGGAGAAUGCGGAGGCGAUGACUCUACACGCCAGGCCCCGGGCCAGCGUGGACUUCGGCGCACAGACCGGCGGGGCGGCACUGGCCGCCAAGCUGUACGACUCGUCCUUCCAACAGCGGCGGGUGUCGCUCAUCUCUCACCAGCCGCCGCUGAAGAAGAUGACCGUGACGCUGGUUCUGUCCGGCUGGUUGGUGGGGAUGGUGGUGAAGGCCUCCCUCAGCAAGUCGUCCUGGGUGCCGUGGACCACUCCUGCACUACCCGACAUGACCGCUAGGAUGAUCUACAGCGCCCGUUGCCUGGCUGUGUGCACCAUGCCUUUGCUUGCAGGCGUGAUCUUCUGUACCUACAAGCGCAUCAUGACGCCAGCCCUGGACCCACUGGCCGGCCACGAGCACUACGUGCAGGUCCACAGGCGUUACCUAGGCAACACGGUGGAGCAGUACAUCCUGGUGGGCGUCAACCUGGUUCCCAUGGCAGCAACCCUGUCCGACCAGUACCUUCCCGUCAUCCCCGCCGUGGUGGCGCUCUUCCUCCUGGGAAGGAUUCUGUUCUGGGUGACGUAUGUGUACCAGCGGUCCAACCGUGGCUUCGGUUACAUGCUGUCCAUGUACCCCAGCAUGGCCAUGUUCAUGUACAACAUGUACAUGUGCCUGUAGAGCAGCAGCAACAACAACAACAACAACAACAAUAGCAAACAUUAUAAAGUUUAGGUUUCCUAAUCAAACUUUAAGCUAGUAUAAUAUGCUUUCCAAUACCGGUGACGGACACUUGUGAAGGUAUACAUGAACACGACUGGUAAACAUAAGAUCGUGGUAACAAGGAAUUUUGUAUCAUACACACUGAUAUGUAACUCGUAUUUCAAACAUACAUAAUUUUUGUCUGGGGCUUUCAUAGUUUGCACCAAACCCCAUCAAGCAUGGCCUCUUAAUCCACUUUAAUGUUCAGUAUCACGAUGCUUAGUUUUUCCCGCGUUAACGUUGUAGUACAUGUAGUAUUACUUCAUUUUGUUCAAAGCUUGAAGUACUGUAGUAAGACAGUGUUAUUGUAAACGCAGGGUUUGCGUCUUGUAAAUACUAGUAGUGUGAAGCAAUAUUUUCAUUUGAGACAGCCACGCCAAAGACAACAGUACUAUGGAAGGCCAUGUCCACAGAAGUGGGUUUGUUAGGGCACAUUGGAGUGAUAAGCCAGCUCCAAUCUCAGGGAGCACCUUGGUCUGGCUGGUAGAUUGGACAAGGCUGGUGUGUGCAGGGCCAGAAAAGGUAAUGAUUGUAUCAAUGAACUUCUCAGGGUUACGGUUACAAGGAUGUCUUGAUGGAAUAUUUUAGUAUCUGUAGCAAGCCGGGGAAGUUGUGUGAAUAGCGCUGGGUGUCAGGAACUUGUAUAUACUUAUGUCUGUAUCAAUGCAACAUUUCCGGGCUUCACAUUAACUAUUCAAUUUGUUAGAAAGGUAGACAAAUUUAUAUAUAGACAUUGCCUUCUAGCUCUUUGUUCUGCCAUUUAUAACAGGGUCCAAGCAAACCAAUGCAAACCUUUCACAUGGAUUACAUUACCAUUAAGUUGAAUGCACUUCUAAGUAUAUGCAUGUUCAAAUGCAAUACAGUUUCAAUGCAACCACCAGCAUUUUCUUAAUUAUAUAUCAUAUAUAUAUUAUUCAUCAGCUACAAUGUAUGUAUCGUGGUAUGGUUAAGAGUGAUAUUCUAAAUAAAUUUUCAUUUUUAAUCUUUGUGUUUUUGCCUACUAAGUGGUUACUAGAUCCCUCUCUGCUAGUCUUCUGAAAAACCCCAAUGGCUCAUCAGCUUGGUUUUUUUUAAAGAUACAAAGACAUUAAAAAAAAGAAAUCAACUUCACAGAUUGAAUCCAUUU